GGUCAGAACUAUAGCAUGUUGUCUGAAUUCAUCCUCAUCGGCUUCUCCAACUUCUCUCAACAUCUCCUGCCCACCUUCUUCCUGCUGUACCUGCUGAUAUACCUGUUCACAUUGCUGGGGAACCUGCUCAUCAUGGUCACCAUCUGGAGAAAGCACAGCCUCCACACCCUCAUGUGCCUCUUAAUGUGUGCCCUCUCCAUCUCUGAGAUUCUGUUCACUGUUGCUAUCACUCCUCACAUGUUAGUUGACAUGCUCUCCACCCACCACUCCAUCACCUUUGUGGUCUGUGCCAGUCAGAUGUUCUUCUCCUUCACGUUUGGCUUCACCCACUCCUUCCUGCUCAUGAUUAUGGGCUAUGACCGCUAUGUGGCCAUCUGCCACCCCCUGUGCUACAACAUGCUCAUGAGCACACGUGACUGUGCCCGUCUUGUGUCCUGGUCCUGGACUGGUGGCUCAGUCAUGGGGACGAUGGUGACAUUGAUAAUUUUUCACUGCACCGUCUGUGGGUCUAAUGAGAUCCAACAUUUUUUCUGUCACGUGCUUUCUCUCUUGAAGUUGGCCUGUGGAAAGGAGACAGCCUGUGUCACCAUGGUUGUGAUCAUGGUUUGUGUCACAGCCCUGCCGGGAUGCUUAUUCCUCAUCGUCCUCUCCUAUGUCUUCAUUGUGGCUGCCAUCCUGAGGAUCCCCUCUGCUGAGGGCCAGCACAAGACCUUCUCCACCUCUGUAUCCCACCUCACCAUAGUGGUGGUGCACUAUGGUUUUGCCUCUAUCAUCUACCUCAAGCCCAAGGGCCCCCAUUCUAUGGACAGUAACACACUGAUGGCUACCACCUAUACAGUCUUCACCCCCUUUCUUAGCCUGAUCAUUUUCAGCCUCAGGAAUAAGGAGCCGAAGAACGCCAUGAAGAGAAGUUUCCACAGAACAUUCUGUCCUCUAAGCUUCUGA